ACACACACACACACACACACACACACACACAUAUACACAUAUAUAUGCAUUAACAUAUUCCAGAGUCUCGUUACAUCGCAGCUACUCAGCACCUCGAGCUCCAUCAUGCCCGUCCAGUCCCUGCACUCCUUCGCGUCGCUGAACUCGUUCAAGAAACCAGCAGCAAAACGCACCUCCUCCUCCACAUCCUCGCACUCCUCAAUCCGCUCGCCCUCACCAAGCCUAAUCCCCGCCCUUCCGAUCGAACUCCAACCGUCGCAGUUCAGACCGGUCGCGUUCCGCAUCCUGUCGAAGAAGCACAGUCUAAACAUCCAGACCUCGGGCCUCGAAUAUCUCGCAGACUAUGUCGGCCGCAAGUACGGCCGCGACUGGCGAACGAAAUGCGAGCCGCUGCUGAACGAUAUCGGACGCCGGUGGAAAGAGCAGGAUAAAGGCCAGUUCAUCACUGCCGAGAUCUUACCGCAUGUGCUGCAGGAGAUCGAGCUGCGCAAUGCCUCCUUUGUCGGCGGAGGUGGUGGAUCGGGGCCGAACUCGGGACUCAACUCGCCGAUCGGAGAGAUGGAGAUGGACCCGUUGAUGAACUUCAGUCCACAGGAGUUCUUCCAUGUCUGGGACGCGUUCGAACAACCACGGUGGUACUAUAAUCGGAUUCGAAAACAUUUUGAAAAGGGCUCUCCGCCGUCUAUGUUCCCAUCCACAAAGCACCUAGUAAACACCCUGAACGCGCGUUACUACCAGCUCUACCACAAACUUCUUCGCAACGAAGAAUUCCAGGCUCCGUCGUUCCACUCGUCUAAAGCACUAGAUUGGCGCGCGGUCACCAUCAUCAAGAAUCUUCUGGGCCGGCAUGGACAGGCGUUCUGUGUUCUUGGCUUGCUGAUUAAGGGCAGUAACGGGAAUUGGUGGGCAGAGGAUCCUAGUGGGCGCUUGGAGUUGGAGCUUAACAACGCGGAGUUUGGCGAUGGCUACUUCGUGCCAGGAUGCAUACUCCUCUUCGACGGAGUGUACACCCGCACCGAGAAACUCCGAGUAAAAUCAAUCCGCCACCCGCCAGCCGAGACGCGCGAGGUAUCGCGCGAAGCCUACGGCUACCUCGACUUCAUGGGCGUCGGCAACGUCGGCUCGACUCCCGACGGCAGAUUCGACAAAGCGAUCGAGGAGAAGAUGGUUGCGGAGGAAAAACGCAAGGGCAAACGAGGCAAGAUUGUCGUGCUUGGCGGGGAGAUGCAUUUGGAUGACGCAAAGACGUUCGAGGCGCUCGCGAGGGUGUUUGCGAUUCUCGAGGAAGCGCCGCCGAUGGCUGUUGUUUUGUGUGGAUCGUUUCUUUCGAUUCCGUUUUAUAACAACGGCGUGUCGUCCACCUAUAAAGACAACUUUGACCAACUCGCCCAACUACUAUCCAAAUACCCAACCCUCGCCAAAACCUCCACCUUCAUCUUCGUCCCCGGCAAUAACGACCCAUGGGGUAGCACCGCCUCCGCCGGCGGCGCGAUGCUCUGGCCGCAGCGCGGCGUGCCCGAGAUCUUCAGCAGCCAAGUCCGCCGCGUGCUGCGCAAAUCUGUCUGGACGUCGAAUCCGUGCCGGAUCUGCUACUAUUCGCAGGAGAUUGUGAUUUGUCGCGAUGAUCUCGCGAGUCGGUUGCGGAGAAAUAAUGUUGGCGCGCAGAGGGGGAAGCCGGCGGCGGAUGCUGCUGUUGCGUCUGUUGUUGAUUUAGAGGAGAUGGAGGGGAGCCAGGCGGCGAACAUGGACAAGAUGAUCCGCACGGUGCUCAACCAGGGACAUAUCUCGCCGUGGCCUAAUUAUCUCAGACCUACCAUCACCGAAUACGACCAUGCGCUAUCGCUCAAUCCUCUUCCCACUUCGCUCAUCGUCUGCGACUCCUCAUCCCAAAUCUACACAUACACAUAUCAAGACUGCCACGCAAUGAACCCAUCCACCUUCAUCUCGAAAACCAGACCGCACGAAGUCUCUUGGAUCGAAUACAGCACCGCAAACCGCAAGAGCCAAGUGAACACGACUACAUACUAAUCUUUCUUCUGUGGAUUUUGUUUGAGACAACUUGAUGAUUGGCGCAUGGGUCUUCCUUCCUUUGAAUUUACGUUGUGUUUCCGAUUCUGUGUAUGAUAGCUUUUUCAACAUUCUCUGGCAUAUUAUAGAUAAAUUAGUUUUAUUUAUUUACACAA